GAACCUGGCAGGAGUCAACCAUGGAUAUCAGGCGUGUGAAGGAAUAUCUCUCGUGGAUCUACUAUCGAUAUCAAAUCAUUAGUUGCUGUUCUGUCCUGGAGCCCUGGGAGCGAUCUAUGUUCAAUACUAUCUUAUUAUCUACUUUUGCUAUGGUAGUGUACACUGCCUAUGUCUUUACACCAAUCCACAUUCGUUUGGCUUGGGAAUUCUUCUCAAAAAUAUGUGGAUUACACAGUACACUUUCUAGUUGA